UUGUGGUGUGUGCAUGUGUCCCGUAUGCGCAUGCGCAAGUAGUAAAGCAUGUUGUCGGUCUCCAUGACGACGGCUCUAAUAAACCUUUAAAGGCUGUGGGGAGACUAGUAGCAGAUUAUGUGCACAGGUGUUGUUCCGCAGACAGCCAGGCACUGUGUGGUCCAGUUAGAUGAAGAAAUAGUCAACAAACAACCCGGCUGGAUGUCUUCUUUCACCGCUUUUAACUCAACAAGAAUACUGCGCAAGGACCUGCUGCCGUAGGUGACGACCAAUCGCACAAGCAACACAACACAACACCAGUACAGUCCUGUAUAACUAAUAUACAUACUGUGAUGUGAUGAUGGCCAGGCUGAUAUUGACGAGGUGGAUUUAUGGAUGAUAUUAGUACAACUUCCAUGAAUUCACCGCAUCGGCUAAGCAGUGAUAGAAUAUGACUGAGGUGGUUCACACAAAGUCCCAGGAGGAGUAUGAGGACGACUUUGAGAAGGAUCUAGACUGGUUGAUCAGUGAGGAAGAUCGGAGCGAGGACCAGGGUCCUGACUAUGAAGACAUAGAGGCAGAAAUUGACAAAGAACUGGAGGAGGAUGAGAAGCAUCAAAGAAUGAAACGGAAGGAGAAAGGCAAUAAGGAGGAGAAGAGUGGCAACAAAACAGAGGAGUUAGAAGAAGAUGAAGAGAGGUGGCCCUCACCUAUGGAGCCGCUGGAGUACGACUCAGACGGAGACAGCCCACAUAAGUCGUCACCUAUAGUCCCACCUCCUCCGGGGAUGGAUGACCAGACAGAAGAGGACAAAAAGUACAUUCUGGAGAAGAUCCAGCAAGCCAAUCGGGAGCUGCAGGACCAGGAAGCUCCAGAUAUGACACGGCACAGGCGGCUGCAUUUUAAAGAGACGCUGGUGGACCUGGUGGUGCCUCCGCUGCAGUUUGAGAAAGAUGGCAACAGUGAGGUGGAAGGGCGAAAGGACAGUAAGGAUAGAGCUAAGGAUGCAGAGGAAGUGUCAGGGAAACUGUCUGAGCUGAAACUUUCCCCCCGAGAGAAAAGUGUAGGUGGAUGUGGAGGAUGCAGCAGGACUGGGGACAACAGUGAGAGAGGGCAGGGGCUAAAGGAGAGCAGAGUCCUUGUAGAAAAAGAUGGGAAGUUUGACUUUGUCAGCCUGAAAGAGGUGGAGAGUCAAGGCCUUCUCCCUCCCAUAGCAAACAGCUACAGCUCCCUGGAGCAGACUGUGAGCCCCGGUAAGAUCCACACUUCCUCCUCCUCCUUCUCUCCUCAUUCUCGCGUUGGAUCUUCUCGCUUCCAGCAGGCCGUCAAUCAUCUACAGGCCCCGAGACCUCCAGCACAACCCAGGAACAGGCCCAGCUCAGCCAGCCACAGCCAAAGAGGCAGCCAGAGGAGAGACACCAGGCGGCGGGUGCAGUCGGCCACCGGGACACCCUGUCAGGCCACCUACAUCCUCACUCCCGAGCAGAAAGAGCUGCGGCAGAAGAUCCAGGAGAGGAAGGAGAAGCUGACCAGAGAGGCAGAGCAGAGGAAACUUGAGGAAGAAGAGCAGAAGAAGCAGGAGAACGAGCUGGCGUUCAAGGCCUGGCUGAUGAGGAAGAGAGAGCAGCUUCAGGGGGAGAGAAGGAUCCACCGAGCCCAGGAGAUGGAGAGAAUGAAUUCUAAGAGGGACUCCUGUGACCCAGAGGAGGCCUUCAGGUUGUGGCUUCAGAGGAAGCAGGAGCAGCAGCAGAGGGAGAGACAGCUGGUGGAGCUGAAGCGGCUGGAGGAGGACGGUGGUUACCUCCUACGCAGCCGCGAGGACUGUGAGCGUGCCUUCAAACUGUGGCUGAAGCGGAAGCGGGAGGAGAAGCGUGCAGAGCAGCAGGCGGCUCGCGAGCGUUCCCGCAGGUUGGUGCUGGAGGAGCGGCGCGCGCGACGCAUGCGGGACCUGAUGUGUACGGCCAGUGAAACCAAGUCAUUCAGAUUCACUGAGCAGCUGGCCUACCGCUUUUGACACGCACAAACAAACCCAACAUGCCCUCUGAAUCCAUACAGCCAGCAUCACCUCAUGAAAAAAAAAAAGAUUAAAUUUUAACCACAGACUGAACAACAUGGUGUGGAAUAUAAGGCAUAGCUUAUUCUGUUUCUAUUUCUGAGCUAUGUUGAAGCACAUUUCUAAAAAACGACACAAAAUAACAAAAAAAGUUUACCACAGUGACCUCCACUCAGUUUACCUGGGAAAAUAAUUCAUCAACAUUGACUUCAGGUGUGAUGAAAUGUAUCGAAUAGAUUAUUUUUUACUAUAUUUACCUGUUUUGUGUAGUGGCAGAUGCACUUUACUUUAAAUAGGGCUUUUAAAAAACAGCUUUAAGACAAGAGCUGAAACAUUUGUUACUGUAUGCCUUUGACAGUGUGUUGUGGUUACAUAGAUACUGUAUAUAUAUACAGAUACAAUAAAUUAUACAACAGGUGACUUCAAUACAUGUAACUGUAAAGGAAUGAAAUAUAAAUUUCUACUUGUAAAUAUUCCUGCUGUUUACUAGACAUGAUAUGAAACACAUUCUUAUGUCAUACAAAAAGACGAGUCUGAAUGAAUAAAAGUACACCAUUAAAUAUA